AUGACAUUUUCUGUAUGUGCUGCUUGUCGUGAACCCAUACAAGAUCAAUGGAUCUAUGAAGUAUUAGAUCGUCUUUGGCAUGCAAAUUGUAUUCGUUGUAUUGAUUGUGGUCAACCAUUAACGGAAAAAUGUUAUACACGUGAAGGAAAACUUUAUUGUAAUCGAGAUUUUUAUAGACGUUAUUGGUGUCGUCGUUGUUCAGGUUGUUUACAAGAAAUUGGUCAAGGAGAAUAUUAUUUACGUGCAUGGGAUCAAUUAUAUCAUUAUGAUUGUUAUAAAUGUUGUGUUUGUUCACGUAAAAUGAAUACUGGUGAAGAAAUACAUUUAACACAAGAUAAUCGUUUUAUGUGUAAAGAAGAUUUUCUUGCUAAUACAAAAACUUUAUGUAAAACUCUAUCCGAUGAUUUUGAUGAUGAUAAUAGUAGUAAAUCAUCAUCAAUAUUAAAUGGUAAAUUAACAUCACCAAGUCGUCAUAUAAGAUCUCAACAACAAAAUCGUUUAUCAACAACAAAUAUUGAAAUUAAAACUGAAAAUGAUUUAUCAAUAUCAACAACAACAACAACAACAACAACAAAUACAUCAUCAUCAAUACAUGAUUUUGAUAAAGAAAAUUCAUCAUUACAACAUGUACAAAUACAACCACCAACAUCAACAUUAUUAACAAGUACACCAGAUUCAAAUUUAAGUUCAUCAGAUUGUUUAAAAGAAGAUGAAAUGAUUAUGAAUGAUGGUGAUAUACCUAUGUCGGAUUGUUCAUUAGAUUGUAAAGAUGAUGAUCAAAUAUGUAUGACAAAUACAAAUAAUUCUUCAAGUGGUUGUUCAUCAUCACAUAGUCAUCAUAAUCAAAAAAAAAAUUCAUCAUCAAAUCUUGAUAAUACAGAAAAUACAAAUAUAAAUGGUAGUGGACCAAAAAAACGUGGACCACGUACAACAAUUAAAACAAAACAACUUGAACAAUUAAAAUCAGCUUUUGCAACAACACCAAAACCAACACGACAUACAAGAGAAGAAUUAGCACGUGAAACUGGUUUAGCCAUGCGUGUUAUACAAGUAUGGUUUCAAAAUCGUCGUUCAAAAGAACGUCGUAUUAAACAAUCCAUAACAUGUGGUGGACCACGUAGACAUUAUUAUAGACGUGUUGCAUCAGGUAGACCAUUUGAUGAAAAUGAAAUGAUUCCUCAUCCAGGUUUAAAUUAUUUACCAGAAGCAUUUCAAGGUGAUUUUAUGUAUCAAGGACCACCAUCACAAACUUAUAAUGAUUAUAUCAUGCAACAAGAAUUACAUCAAAGACUUAGUUAUGGACCACCACCACCACAAGGACCUCCACCACCCCCAGGAGAUUUACCAUUUGGUAUGCAUCAUGAAUUAACUAGUGGUCCACCAGCUACAGUUCCAGAAUCCACAGGUGUUGAUUCUGAUGAUCUACAACAACGUUUUCAUAGUAGUGGAAGUACAACGCCACCGCCACCUUCGCAAGUAGUUACUAGUGGAGGUCCUUAUAGCGAUCAUUCGUGGAAUUGA